GUCACGCUGGGCCGGCCCGGCGCCCAUCCUGGCAGCGCCCGGUGCCUGCGGCCUCCGCCCGCCUGCGCCCCGCCCUGCCCUGCGGAUGUGGAGCCGGCACCGGCGUCACCAUGCCAAGUAUGAUGAUUCUGAAUAAAUGAUAGGAGCCAAGUUCACUGAGUAGCACGUUGUUUAUAAAAAGGCUGUUUUCAAGAGAUAACUGUUCUGCAAAGGGAUAUUGUUAACUGCAAGCUCUCAAGAGAUGGCGGAAAAAACAAAAGAGGUGGUGGAAAGCUGGUCUUUCUUGGAUACUGUUGAGUCUAACUUCACGCCUCUGGUAGUAAUUGAACUUGCAAAAGGCACCAAAGAAGAAACCAUAGAAUGGUUCACUAAACGAAUUGUGGACAAAAAGGCAAAUGGAGGUGCACAACUACUGGUUAAACCACUGGUUAUGGAAAAUGGAGUUGAAAAUAUUUAUCUAGUUGGAGCUUCCCACUUAAGACUGUUGCUCGGAGCUGAAACUGUAGGUUUGGUGAAGGAAUGCAGUGAUAACUCAAUGAGAACUUUUACAUACAGCAGUAGAAAAACUUUCAAAGAUUUUGCAGAUGACAAUCACAAUUUCCUUACAAUGGCAGAAUGUCAGUACAUCAUCAAACAUGAACUUGAAAAUUUGAGAGCUAAAAAUGAAAAAAUGAUCCCUGGAUAUCCUCAGGCAAAGCUGUACCCAGGGAAAUCAAUUGUGAGAAGAUUAUUGACCAGUGGUAUUCUUGUUCAGAUUUUCCCUCUGCAUGAUAGAGAAGAGUUGAAAAAGCUUCGUCACAGAUGGUAUGGCCGAGUGAAAGUUGGUUAUCAACCUUUAGAUGACAUACGCUGCUACUUUGGCGAAACCAUUGCUCUCUACUUUGGCUUCUUGGAAUACUUCACAUUUGCUUUGAUUCCAAUGGCUGUCAUUGGGAUUCCUUAUUACGUGUUUGCAUGGGAAGACUAUGACAAAUACGUCAUGUUUGCCACAUUCAACCUCCUGUGGUCCACUGUGAUACUGGAGGUUUGGAAGCGGAUCUGCACCAUCCUGACGUAUCGCUGGGGGACGCUGCUGAUGAAACGACAGUUUGAGGAACCAAGACCAGGCUUCCAUGGUGUGCUGGGUAUCAAUCCUGUCACUGGCAGGGAGGAGCCAGUGUACUCAAGUCUUAAGAGGCAAUUACGGAUUUACCUGGUGUCCUUACCAUUUGUGUGCCUUUGCCUCUACUUCUCACUGUAUGUGAUGAUGAUUUACUUUGACUUAGAGCAGUGGGCUCUGGAUUAUCACAAAGAGAAUGAGUCUAACUUCAGCAGCUUGAUGCUGUAUGUGCCCAGUAUCAUCUAUGCUGUUGUGAUUGAAAUUAUGAACCGUAUCUAUCGGUAUGCUGCUGAAUUCUUGACAUCAUGGGAAAAUCACAGGCUGGAAUCUUCAUAUCAGAACCAUUUAAUUCUGAAGGUUUUAGUAUUCAACUUCUUAAAUUGUUUUGCAUCUCUGUUCUACAUUGCCUUUGUGUUGUUUGAUAUGAAGCUUUUGAGGCAGAGCUUGGCCACUUUGCUGAUAACUUCGCAGAUCCUCAACCAGUUUGCAGAAUCCUUGCUUCCUUACUGGCUUCAGAAGAGAUACAACAGGAGGAUGAAGAAACGCAUGUGUUCCCAGAAAACUGAUAGGGAUCUGUCAAUAGCUGAACAGGUCAACAUGGAGAAAGAAAUGGGAACCUAUUUGGGUACUUUUGAUGAUUACCUGGAGUUGUUCCUACAGUUUGGCUAUGUGAGUCUUUUCUCGUGUGUUUAUCCACUGGCAGCUGUCUUUGCAGUGUUAAACAACAUCACAGAGAUAUACUCUGAUGCCUUAAAGAUGUGUAGAGUUUACAAGCGUCCAUUUGCAGAACCCACAGCGAAUAUUGGUGUUUGGCAGUUGGCCUUUGAAACUAUGAGUGUAAUAUCAGUUGUUACUAAUUGUAUACUGAUUGGAAUGUCUCCACAAGUGGAUGCCCUUUUCCCAGACUCAAAAAUGGACCUUGUUCUGACUGUGGCAUUGGUGGAGCACUUGCUACUAGCAAUAAAGUUUAUCAUGGCUUUUGUAAUUCCUGAUAAACCAAGAGAUAUCCAGAUGAAACUCGCCAAAUUGGAAUUUGAAUCUUUAGAGGCUCUCAAACAACAGCAGAUUCCCACUCUGGGUCUGUGGAGUCCAGGCAAACUUCCUGUCACAAUUCCUGUAGAAACAACUAUAAAAAUCUCUCAACCUGGGAGGGACCUCAGAAGCAAAUGAAGCUGGCGGCGGAGUCCCUGAAGGAGUAAACACGGAGGAAUGAGGAUGACUAAGGCGGUCACAUGCGGGGCGGAGCCAGGGUUUGUGGUCGUGUGGCGCUCAGAGUGCACCCUCCACCAUCUACCGAGUAGGUGGCACCUGCUUAAAUGAAACUUGGUUAUUAUCUUUGCCUGACACUGUAAAGAACCUUUUUUUCUCCUGCUCUCUUUGUUUCUCAUAUGCAAUUGCUUAUGAAGGUAACACCAAAUAAAGCACUCCAGCUUAUGCCAGGUCUGGAUGAAAUCUGCCAGACUCCCUGUGCUUUGAGUGAUUGAAAACAGAUCCUGUGAGGUAGCAUCCAGAAGCUAACUAGAAUUUUCAGCUGCAACUUUCUAAAGGGGAAAAAAAACCCCCAACAAACUAUUAUUUAGUUCACAGUGUACUGUCCCUUUAUGGUUAUUGCCCCUUUCCUUUCUUUAUUACAAUAGCUAAUCAAUCCUGUAUUAUUUCAAAGAUUUGCUUAUCAGCUUCUGCUUGUCCACAGCAAAUUAAUUUAAGUAUGUUAUAGAUUUCAUAGGGAACAACAAUGUAUUUUCAUUAUGUGAUCUAAGAGGUAGUUGAACAUAAAUAUUUAUAGAGUAUGCAUUAUAUACUCCUGUUUGCUAGUUCUCUAAAUAGAUCCCAGCUAAAAUAUUUUCAAAAACCAGGUAAAAAAUAUUUAUUAGGCAACAGAUUGCUGAUCAGUGACUUAUGAAGCAUAUUUAUUUUCUAAUUUACAUUGGAUUAUGUAUCACUCCCCUGGAUUCUGAACUGCAGCAUUGUAUGAGUGGAUCUUCUAGUUAAAUAAACUAACAGUAACAGAUCAAUUAAACUUGAUACUUGAUACACCA